AUGAAAGUUCUUCGUCUCGCCCCCAUCGGUCUCGCGUGCCUAGCCUACGCAACACCCCCUGCUGCUUCAGAUGGCGGCAUCAGCCCCCUCGGAAGAGCCGUGCCCUCUGAUCCCGAACCCCAAAUCUUCAUUAAUCUCUCUACAGAGGAAUUCCUGCAAAAGCGGAAAGAACUGCGCGAGUCACAGACGACAGGCUUGCAGAGGCGGCAUUUAUAUGGCCUAGAGGUGGCUAAUGGUCAUUUUGAACAAGCGAGGAUGGAGACGCUCCACGAGAUAUGUUGUCGAAAAAUUGGAGAGUCCGGUUAUCACGCUUACGGAGCAAGUUGCUUGCGUAACUUGAUGAACCUUUCCUGCGGCAGGCCUGAAGGACCCCUUCGAGAUAGGAAGGCUACAGAAAUGUGUCCGCAGGGUCAAGUCUGCAGGGAGUUCCAGGCGUGGAACUUUCGAAACAACAGGGCUACAUUCACACACUGCGUAGAAAAAAUCAAUGUCAAGCGUCGACAAUUCAACGACCCCAAUGGGGUAAAGUACAUUGGAGAGUAUCAACUUAGCGGGAUGAAAUUGGAGGAUUUGAUGGUCGCAAUGGAGGAACAUGCAGUUGCUGACUUUGACUUCUCGGGCUCAUCAUCAUCCGCGGGGCAGCAGCAUAAGCACAACGCUCAUAGCUGGGCUUGUUUUGGUUGCAGAUAUGGGACGCUAAAGAUUACGCAUUGGAACAGUCCGGCGGUUGCUUUUGCUUCCACGGCAUUUGUGGAUUUUUAG